GGCGUCUACAACGUCCAGCAGCUCGUGGCCAACUCGAGCCCGCUGCUGGACGUGGUCAUCUCGCGGCUCGGGCAGGACCCUCCCGGCCACCCGAGCGCCUCGUCCAUCCUCAUCGACGGCCUCGCGGCGUCGCUGUCGACCCGGGGCCGCGAGUCCACGUUCCCGCUGGAGAACGCGGCCAACGAUGCGGCGCGCAGCGAAAUCGUCCACCAGGCCAACCGCGUCGCGUCCACCAUUGUCAAGCACGUCAAGAAGAGCGUCAAGCCGGCGCCCAAGAGCCUCGACUUCCGCAUCCGCAGCCCCUGCGAGGGCCACCUCUGGACGCACUCGGUCGCCGCCCUGCUCUUUGGCCCCCGCAGCGACUCGCAGCUCAUGGAGCUCUACAACGAGUGGCUGCACCGCAUGGUCCUCCUCCGCGACAGCCUGAUCCCCUUUGAGAACUUUGAGGAGGUGCCCCUCGUCAUCCCCCCGGGCUCGACCCGCGGCAUCCGCGACCUCGAGGAGCCCCGGCGGGCCUUCCUGGUCCACUGCCUCACCGGCAACAUCCAGCAGAUGGCCAUUGUCGACCUCGCAAAGGUCUUCACGGCCAGGCAGCUCCCCCGCGGCGGCUACGGCUUCCAGUACUCCCAGGGCCUCAUCCUGCCCGCCUUCCUGUCCGGCUCGCGCUCCCUCCACCUGCUGCGCUACCACCCAGCCCACCUCAACAGCUCCAUCGGCGACGUGCUCUUUGACUACGAGCACGCGCAGUACAUCAGCGCGCCCCGGACGGAGCUGACGGCCCAGGACGCCCUCACCACAAAGACCAACUGGAACGCGGCCUCCCUGCUCGACGCCGACACCAGCGUCGUCGAGUCCGCCCUCGUCGUCGAGCCCAGCGUCGACGCCCUCCGCCGCGUCGUCAAGCUGGGCCUCACGCUCGACUCGGGCGCCUGCGUCUCCGUCGACCUCGGCCAGAUUGCCCGCGGCCGCCGCUACGCCUACGAGAUCCGCUCCGACAAGAACUCCGGCGGCGCCGACGAGGCCUCGGACAGCACCGCCUACGUCCACAGCGCCGCCAGCAUCCUCUCCAAGCCGGGCCUGGUCAUCUCCCCCCGCGUCACGCAGGGCAGCCCGCCCGCCGUCCAUGUCAUCCCCACCUCGGAUCCCAUCCUCAGGCUCGCCCUCCUGGGCAAGCUCUAUCCCGAGAACGUCAUCCUCGUCAAGGAGCAGGACAGCCUUGGUGCGCUGAGCAGGGCCGGCAAGAACUUUGCGGAGAAGAUUGUGAUUUUC